GGGGGACCCUGGGCACCCCUCCCCCGGAAGACAGCGCUGCACGCUCGGAGGUCCUUGGAGUCGCCUGCUGCUUCCCGGGGGUUCUCAGUUGAAAUCUGUAACGUGGCUUAGGUCUCUGGAAGGCUUUUCACAUCCCGCCGGGAACCUGGUAGGACAGGUUACCUUCUUCAGAAUGAUUCCCUGCAGAGCAGUGCUCACUUUCGCCCGAUGUCUGAUCAGGAGAAAAAUUGUCACUAUGGACAGUUUAGAAGAUUCUAAACUGUGCCGCUGCUUAACCACCAUGGACCUCAUUGCCCUGGGGGUUGGGAGCACUCUGGGUGCUGGGGUUUAUGUCCUUGCUGGGGAAGUUGCCAAAGCAGAUUCUGGCCCCAGUAUCGUCGUAUCCUUCCUCAUCGCUGCCCUGGCAUCUGUGAUGGCUGGCCUGUGCUACGCUGAAUUUGGAGCCCGAGUUCCCAAGACUGGGUCUGCCUAUUUGUACACUUAUGUUACUGUUGGUGAGCUGUGGGCCUUCAUCACUGGCUGGAAUCUCAUUUUAUCUUAUGUAAUAGGUACCUCAAGUGUCGCAAGAGCAUGGAGUGGUACCUUCGAUGAAUUGCUUAACAAACAGAUCGGUCAGUUUUUGAAGACAUACUUCAAAAUGAAUUAUACUGGCCUUGCGGAGUAUCCAGACUUUUUUGCUGUGUGCCUUAUAUUACUUCUGGCAGGUCUCCUGUCUUUUGGAGUAAAAGAGUCUGCUUGGGUGAAUAAAUUCUUCACAGCUGUUAAUAUCUUAGUCCUUCUCUUUGUCAUGGUUGCUGGGUUUGUGAAAGGAAAUGUGGCUAACUGGAAAAUCAGUGAAGAGUUUCUCAAAAAUAUAUCAGCAAGUGCCAGAGAGUCACCUUUUGAAAAUGGAACAAGUAUAUAUGGGGCUGGUGGCUUUAUGCCUUAUGGCUUUGCAGGAACCUUGGCUGGUGCUGCCACUUGUUUUUAUGCCUUUGUGGGAUUUGACUGCAUUGCAACAACUGGUGAAGAAGUCCGGAAUCCCCAGAAAGCUAUUCCUAUUGGAAUAGUGACUUCUUUGCUUGUUUGUUUUAUGGCCUACUUUGGAGUCUCUGCAGCUUUGACACUUAUGAUGCCAUACUACCUCCUCGAUGAAAAAAGCCCCCUUCCGGUAGCAUUUGAGUACGUUGGAUGGGGUCCUGCCAAGUACGUUGUUGCAGCGGGCUCCCUCUGUGCACUGUCCACAAGUCUUCUUGGAUCCAUCUUUCCAAUGCCUCGUGUAAUCUAUGCUAUGGCAGAGGAUGGGUUGCUUUUCAAAUGCCUAGCUCAGAUCAAUUCCAAAACGAAGACACCAGUAAUUGCUACUUUAUCAUCGGGUGCAGUGGCAGCUGUAAUGGCAUUUCUUUUUGACCUGAAAGCCCUCGUGGACAUGAUGUCCAUUGGAACACUUAUGGCCUACUCUCUGGUCGCAGCCUGUGUGCUCAUCCUCAGGUACCAGCCUGGUUUAUGUUAUGAGCAGCCCAAAUACUCCCCUGAGAAAGAAGGUUUAGGAUCAUAUACUGCUGCAGCCUCAAAAAGCGAGUCUCAGCUCACCAUGCUGCAAGGACAGGGCUUCAGCCUGCGAACCCUCUUCAGCCCCUCUGCUCUGCCUACAAGACAGUCGGCGUCUCUCGUGAGCUUUCUGGUAGGAUUCCUAGCCUUUCUUGUGCUGGGCCUGAGUAUUCUGACCACUUACGGAGUGCAAGCUAUCUCAAGGCUGGAGGCUUGGAGCCUUGCCCUUCUCGUACUGUUUCUUGUUUUCUCCAUUGCUGUUGUUCUGACCAUUUGGAGGCAGCCACAGAAUCAGCAAAAAGUGGCCUUUAUGGUUCCAUUCUUACCAUUUUUACCAGCACUCAGCAUCCUGGUGAACAUUUAUCUGAUGGUCCAGUUGAGUGCAGACACUUGGGUCAGAUUCAGCAUUUGGAUGGCACUUGGCUUCCUGAUUUACUUUGCUUAUGGCAUUAGACACAGCCUGGAGGGUAACCCAAAGGAUGAAGAGGACGAUGAAGAUGCUUAUUCGGGCAACAUUAAUGCAGUGACAGAAGAAAAAUCUGCUAUUCAGACAGUUGACCAUCACCAGAGAAAUCUCAGUUUACCUUUCAUAUUCCAUGAAAAGACAAGCGAAUGCUAAUGCUUGUAGGAGCGGACCUGGUCCACAGUCUUAACAUGCGUGUCCUGCAUUGAGCAGACCCUGACAGAAUCUCACCAUUGUGCUAGGCUGUUGUGGGUUUGCUGAAUACAUAAUUCACCCUAAUUGAUACUUACUCAUCUAACCAGCAUCUCCUCAAAUGGUGAAUUAUGUGCCCUCCUGAGCUCUUCCCUCAGUGAUGAAUUUCCCCAAAAUAGUGUGAAAGUGUGUGUGUGUGUGUGUGUGUGUGUGUGUGUGGUUGGGAACACGACUGUCACAAGUUAUUUGGUGUUUUACUGUUACCAUGACAUUAUUCCAGUCUUGUCAUAACUGGUGGUGUAUCACUGCAGAGUGAUUUGUAUAUGUCCUGUAUGGUUGGGAAAAUAAUAGUUGCUUUUCCUUAUUACUGUAGGCUUCAUUAAUGUCAGUUUAGACAAGGCUACAAGUGCAGUCACCCAUCAUGAUAUCUAACCUUGGACAGGGGUAAGAGGAGAGGAUUAGAAAUAAGCUUUUUCUGUAAGUUAUAAAUUCCAGCAAUGGGUUUAAUACAAAUACUGUCCUACAUGGUAUGACAGUUUGCUAACACUUUAGCUAGGAAGAGUGUUUGCUUCUGCUGUACUCUAGGACAGAGUGCCGUUCCAUGUCACCAUCAGCGUCCUUUUGAACUCCUGUCUUUGUGAGCCUGUGCUCCUUAAAAAUGAGGCCUUCACCUGCUAUAAAUGAUGCACCUCCACCAAUCAGGGCUGGAGACUGGUACUGUGACCCAUGUGGGACCCUUUAAGCUAGGGUGUGAAGGUGG